AUGAAUCAAUCUAAAACUAUAAAUUUAAUAUAUAAUGAUAAAGAAUAUUUAGUAGAAGUUGAAAAUGAAUGCACAUAUGAAGAUUUUCAAAUAUUAGUUUUUUCAGUUACAGAUGUUGAUCCAACAUUUCAAAGAUUUUAUUAUUUAUCAAAUUCAAAAUUAAGAGAUCCUUCGCCAACUGAAAAAAUUAUUGUUUUAAAUAAUCAAAAAAUUUUAUUAUCAAAUUUAAAAUCAUUUAAAUUACCAAUUAAAAUUGAAAAUGGAUUAAAGAAUAAAAUUGAAGGAAUGUAUAGAAAUAUGAUUAGCUAUAACUCUGAUAGAUUACAACAGAUGGCAUUAGAUCAAGUACCGUUGGAGAUAAAGAAAGAGAAAGAUUUAAAGAGAAAGAUGUUAAUGUUAUUGGAUUGGUUUAAGAAUGAAUAUUUCACAUGGACAAAUUCACCUGAAUGUUCAGAUAUUAAAUGUGGUACACCAUCGACUAGUUCAGUUGGUAGUGAUAGACCAACAUUUGAAGAACAGUCACAUCAAGUAUCAAUAGUUGAGGUAUACCGAUGUGCAAGUAAUCACGUAACAAGAUUCCCAAGAUACAACUCUGUCGAGAAACUACUAUCAACUAAAUGUGGAAGAUGUGGUGAAUGGGCGAAUGCAUUCACUCUGUUUUCUAUUGCAUUGGGUUUUACAACUAGAUACAUCUUGGAUUUCACCGACCAUGUUUGGAAUGAAGUUUACAUUGAUGGUCGAUGGAUACAUGUCGAUAGUUGUGAAGCAACCUAUGACAGUCCACUAACUUAUGAAGGUGGUUGGGGUAAACAAUUGUCCUACGUAUUUGCAUUCGAAUUCAAUGGUAUCUACGAUGUCACCUCUAGAUACUCAAUAAAGUUACCUCAUCUCAAUCGAUAUUUAAUUAGUGAAUCUGAUCUAACCAAUUAUUUAAAUCAUUUAAAUCAUCAAAUUCGUUCAACAUUACCAUUUGAUGAAUUACGUUCAAUUUUAAAUAGAGAAUUCUUAGAAGAUAAUGAAAAACAAUCCUAUCAUCAAAGAACUUAUAGUAGUGAUUUAACUGGUAGAAUUUCUGGUUCAUCAGAAUGGAGAAAUAAUAGAGGUGAAUCUGGUAAUAAUAAUCAACAACAGCAACAACAACAACAACAACAAAGUGAAAUACCAAUAAUUUUAAAACCAAUUUAUUCUUUAGAUUCAAUUUCAAAAGCAAGAGAAUCAUUGAAAUUGGUUGGUAAUUGUGAUAUUACAAAGAAUGGUAUUUGUUUAACACCUGAUGAAAAUGAUAGAGUUGGUGGAUUUUGGAUAAAGGAAAGAAUUGAUAUCAUUUCAAAUGGUGGUUUCAUUUGUAAAUUUAAAUUUUUAAUUAAAACUAAUGGUGCUGAUGGUAUGGCAUUUGUAAUUCAAAAUGAUUCAAUCAAUUCACUUGGUAUUGGUGGUUGUGGUUUAGGUUAUCAAGGUAUUAGAAAUUCAAUUGCAAUAGAAUUUGAUACUUAUCCAACAAAAGAUCAUUGUAAAGACCCAGAUGGUAAUCAUAUUUCAAUUCAUACUAGAUCAUUAGAACCAAAUUCUUCUCAUCAUAGAUUCUCUUUAGGUUAUGGUAAUCCAAAAAAUAAUAAACCAAUGAAUGAUGGUAUUGAACAUGAAUGUUUUAUUAAAUAUUCAACUUCAAAUGGUGAUGAUGGUGAUAGUACAAUUGAUGUUUGGUUAGAUAAAUAUCAAGUUUUAUAUAAAAUAAAAGCAAAUAUCCAAAAAUUAUUAAAUUUACAUGAAAAUAAAUCUUGUUUCAUUGGUAUGACUGCUUCAACUGGUGGUUUAAAACAAGCUCAUAUAAUUUCAGGUUUUUCAAUUGGUUAUUAA